UUGAAUGAGCGACCCUUCUAUGUUCGUGCUAUUGGCAUCAUGCGUGCUGCUUACAUGUUGGGAUUCUUGAUCCCUUUCAACAUCAACACCAUGUCCAUCUUCAGCUUUUCUCUGGAUCUCUGCAUCAAGGGCGAGUUCUUCCAUGCGCACUAUCAGAUGGAUGACAUCAUCUACACCCUGACCUGCAUGCAAGCCCUGCAGAAGCGAGUUGAGAUCCUCAUGAUUCCUAUGCCUGUGAUUUCUGGUCCAACCUCAGGCACGAGCCAAUGGGAAGAGUUCAGCGAAUGGUUCCGACAGAGUGAACGUUGGACCAUUGGUGCUUGCGAGGUUUUCCACUACUUUGUGGUGAAGCGAAGGCGUUACAACUGCUCUGCAGCCUUGUCUUACGGCACUUGGUUUGUGAUCUACUAUGGUUUCAUUUUGUGCUCCCUGACGCUGACUGGACUUGCAGGCUUCAUCAACUACGCCUUGAUCAAUGCCAAACACGACACCAUUGAUCGCAUGGGCCAAAUGACUGGCCAGCUGCCUUUGGAUGAUGCAGCCAACACUGGCGUGAUGAUUGCCGGCUUUUCCAGCCUUGCUUGGACCUACCUAGUCUUCUUGAUUUUCUUCUACCUUGACCGGGAAGGGUGCAAACUCAUUUACCACUUGAAGAUGAAGCCGCAGGGUGCUGAGGAUACCGGCUUUUGCCAGAACCUCAAAGAUUGGAUUCUGAUGUGGCCCAGUUUGGUCAUGUAUUCCAUGGUCAGCUACUGGGCUAUCCUGAAAGUGGCUGUCUAUGGCAAGAAGGUGUGCGGCCAUGAUCCUUCCAGCAAGGAAGGCCUUAAAGCUGGGCAAGGCAUGACAUCGGAAGAGUCUGCUGAAGUCUCAACGGCGAUCGACAGCGCAGACAUUUCUGAAGCGGGCCGUGCCUGAAAGGGAGCGAUGCCUCUCUGACGGCAAUGGGUAUUCUCACAGAUGCUCUGAGACCUCUUAAGGAAGAGGCUAAUUACCCACAUUGGUUCACCAAGCUGUCAGUCAGCUGCUCUAUGAAAAUCGUUUUCGCAAGCUUUAGCCUUUGUAUAGUCUAGCAGUACAGCAGCCAAAGGGCGUGCCUACAGUGCUUAUGACAUUCAGUGGCCCGAGUGACGCGACCAGUGCGUCUAAGCUCACCCCAAACGUGUACAGUAAAGGCUGGGGAUGGGCGGCACCGAUUCCAACAUUCGUGGCAUUCGGUUG